AUGGCAUAUGCUUCAUUAGUCGGGUUGAAACCAGUGUACGGAUUAUAUACUUCUUUAUUCCCAUCAUUAAUCUACAUGUUUUUUGGGACCAGCAGGCAUGUUUCUUUGGGUGUGUUUGCUGUGGUCAGUCUCAUGUCGGGAUCUUGUAAUUUACGAGUGACUCAAGAACUUGUGGCACAGAACGGGACAAAUUUGACAAAAAGCGAAAUCGAAGGAAUUUCUGUGGAUGUCAUCAUCAUGGGUUUGAUAAAAGCCAAUUACUUAAUAUCUUACCUGUCCGAUCAGAUAAUCCUCGGAUUCACCACUGGAGCCGCAGUACAUGUCCUAACUGCUCAACUCAAUAAAAUUCUUGGGGUGGCGCUGCCACGUCAUACAGGAAUGGGAAAAUUGUUUUUUAUCUACCGUGAUCUCUUGAACUCAAUCCUGAACGAUAAAGUAAAUAAAGUCACGUUGGCUGCCUCAAUUGCGGCAAUUGUGAUUCUCUACAUUGCGAAAUAUCAUUUGACCCCUACUCUUUGUGCUAAAACUCGAAUUCCAAUUCCUUAUGAUCUCUUUUUGAUUGUUGUGGGAACCGCUGUCUCAAGUUAUUUUGCAAUUAAUUCAAAUUAUCAUGUGAAAAUAGUUGGACAUAUUCCUACUGGUUUUCCAUCACCUGCACUCCCAGAUGUCUCCAUAUUCGGGAAAAUUGUCGGCGACGCGUUGGCUAUUGCAAUCGUUUCUGUAGUGGUUACUGUAUCAAUGGGAAAAGUGAUAGCCAAAAAACACGACUACGUGAUAAAUGUUAGACAGGAAUUCUUUGCCCUUGGAAUUGUUGCAUCGUUCUGCUCAAUGUUUCCCUGCUGGCCGGCAUCCACAGCAUUGGCGCGAACGCUUAUCAAUGAUAACGCAGGAACAAAAACUCAGAUCUCGGCGAUAUUUGCUGCUAUGGUGUUAACAUUGGUUCUAUUUUUCAUAGGACCUCUGCUGGAAAACCUUCCAACGUGUUUCCUCUCGUGCAUUGUUAUUGUCGCACUUCGAGGCAUGUUUCUACAUUUGACAAACUUUUGGACACUAUGGAGAAUUUCAAAAUAUGAUUGGGCAAUUUUCUCAAUCACCUUCUUAUCUACAGUAUGCUUGGAUGUGGUUCCUGGACUGUUCAUUGGAGCAGUAGCAGCUUUGUUGUUUUCAGUUUUAAGAAUUCAGAGAUCAAGUCCGACGCUUCUGGAGGACGAGGAAGAGUCUGGACAAAAAACGUGCGUGGUCUUCUAUGCGUCGUCAUUAUUCUAUUUCAGUUGCGAACGAUUCGAAAAGAAAAUUCAGAAAAUUGUAGACCGAAAGUUUGGAACAGAAUCCAAGCCAGCAGAGGGAGAAGACAUUCCAAUGAUUCCAGAAAAAAUUCAAGAGAAAACAGUAAUCUUCGACAUGAAAGGUGUAUCGAAUAUCGAUUUAUCUGGAGCCAAUACUCUCCUUAAAAUUGGUCAGGAACUAAACUCCAAAAACGUUACCUUCAAAGUUCGCAACCCCAAUGACAGCGUAUCAUCCUUCUUACACGGAGUCCCAAACACGGAUCAUCUUUUUGAGUGA